AUGAACUGCCCGACUCGCGACACGAAUCCGUCGGGAUUCGAAGGUUUCAACCAGAACCCACCUUAUCUUGCGCCAGAGCUUACAACCAGAGCCUCACUCGUCUGCGGUGGAAAGUCUGACGGAGCCUAUAAUCUUCCGUUACAUGUGUUGGCGCUGUUUAUCAUACUGUUUCAGACAUGCUCCUUUCCACUCAUCGUCAAGAAGUUCCCGGCAGUCCGGGUCCCCCAACAUUUCCUAUUCUUGUCACGGCACUUCGGUACCGGCGUUCUGAUAGCAACCGCAUUCGUCCACCUCCUCCCCACAGCGUUCACAUCCCUCACCGACCCAUGUCUCCCCGAAUUCUGGAACAAGUCCUACCCCGCCAUGGCCGGCCUCAUCGCCAUGAUCUCUGUCUUUGUCGUUGUCACCGUUGAGAUGGUCUUCAGCACCAUGAACGGCGGGUCCAUGGGUGGAUGUCAUUCCGCGGCCCCACUCACCGGUGGUGGUACCACACCAGGUCACUCGCGCUCAAACUCUGCAGUUAUCCCGACGAUUCAUGAAGAGGAUGCGGACGGCAGCGUCAUCAGGAUGAUGCCAACAAGGCCGACUAGACAUAGGCGCAGCGCGAGCAUUGGUAAACAGCUACAGAAGAUUGAGAGAGAUAGUUUGGACUUGGAUAGUCUUCUACCGACACCUACAAUGGCGGAAGGAUCAGAGGAAGAUGUAGAGGAUAGCGACAGUGAUGAUGGCGUAAACCAGGAGACAAGGGCACUGACUGGAGGGCCGGCGCGGGGUGCUGUAGUCAGACGGCCCAGGAGUAUGAGUGCCACUAGCAUCAGGCCGCAAAGAAUAGGAAGUAGAUUGACGGAAGCUCAACAGCAACAGAAGAAUUUGCUGCAGGUUAUGUUGCUAGAGGCUGGAAUUUUGUUUCAUAGUGUUUUUAUUGGAAUGGCGCUCUCGGUUGCCACAGGGUCUAACUUCAUAGUCCUCCUUAUUGCAAUCGCAUUCCACCAGACGUUCGAAGGUCUCGCGCUCGGCAGUCGCAUUGCCUCCCUUUCCGUGUUCCCAAAGAACUCGCCAAAGCCAUGGCUCAUGUGUCUUGCGUACGGUACCACCACACCCAUUGGUCAAGCCAUCGGUCUUGCAACCCGCAAGCUCUACGAUCCGGCUUCACAGACUGGGCUACUGAUGGUGGGCGUCAUGAAUGCGAUCUCCUCUGGCUUGCUGCUAUUUGCUGGGUUGGUGGAACUUUUGGCAGAAGAUUUUUUGAGUGACGAGUCUUAUGUGAUCUUGUCGGGAAAGAGACGGAUACAAGCCUGCGGCGCGGUUGCUGCGGGCGGAAUGGGUAUGGCGUUGAUUGGUGCUUGGGCUUAA